AUACGGUGAAACAAUAUUCCACAUUUACAGAUGUAAAGAAAGAUAUCGAUAUUUUUUUCACAUCAUUAUUAAUAUUUACUUAUAGAGAAGCCAUGUCUGACCGUUUAACUCAAUUGCAGGACACAGUUAAUCAACAAGCUGAGCAUUUUUGCAACGCUAUUGGUAUAAUUCAGCAGACAUCGUAUCCAAGCAAGUUCUUAAAUUUUGAUCGGAUGGGCUCUCAAACUCCCAUAAGAACCAACACUCAAGAAGAUUAUGCUCAGCUUUUUGCUCAGCUGAUUUCACGUUGUGCAAAAGACAUAGACACACUAAUUGAGUCAUUACCGAAUGAAGAUAGUUCAACGGAGCUCCAACAUCAAAGCCUUCGAAGACUAGAAAUAGAAAAUCAAGAAUCUGCCAAAAGGCUUGACGAUAUUGUUCAAAGUGGCGAGCUUUUACUAGAAAAAAUACAAAUAGCGCUUGAAGACAUUGCCCAGGCUCAGUUAGAAAUGCACGUAUCGUCCAUCAAUCGCUUUAAUUUGUUCUAAAUUAUUAGUUUUUGGCUUUUUUAAUGCGGUUAUGUUAAAUAUCUCCAAAUGAAAUAUUUAAAUUUAGUUCUUAAUAUAUAUGUCGUCACCUAAAAUGCAAAAUAA